CCUUCCUCCGACCUGCUUCCACGGGUACUCGCUCUCGAACUGAGAGGGAUGACUCCAGCCUGGAGACACCUGCUGAGAGCUUUGCACCAACAGACCUCUUCUCACAGGACCCCCAAGAUGUGCCCUUCCUUGAGCCGCAGUCCUUGCUGCCAUCUGCAGAACUGACUUAACCCUUGCAAAGGGCCAGGAAGAGAAGGCCUGCUCCCAAAAGGCCCAAGAGGACGGAUGGACCCAUCAGCUUCAGAAUCGGGCAGAGCUCUUGCUUGUGAAUAACUGUUCUGCAACAUGCAACUGCCCUGCCUCACACAAGCAAAAAGCAUUGAUGGGAAACAUAUGGAGAGGCGGAACUGAAAGAAUCAGCAGGCAGUAGGUGCUUUCUGGACAUCUGUGACCAAGCUUGGUCUUCAUACAAAACCCAGAAUGCCUCCAUGUGACUUCACACCUGAAAAAUACCAGUCCCUCGCCUAUGAACGUGUCCUGGAGAUCCACAAGCAACAUCUUUCUCCCAUACUGACGGCGUAUUUUCCAAAGCCCUUGUUGCUCCACCAGGGUCACAAGGAAUGGCUGUUUGAUUAUGAGGGAAACAGAUACCUGGAUUUCUUUUCUGGGAUUGUCACUGUCAGUGUGGGUCACUGUCACCCGAAGGUAAAUGCAGCGGCACAAAAGCAGCUUGGGCGCCUAUGGCAUACAAGUACCCUCUUCUUCCACCCUCCAAUCCAUGAAUUUGCAGAGAAGCUUUCAGCACUUCUUCCUGAGCCUCUAAAGGUCAUUUUCUUGGUGAACAGUGGCUCCGAAGCCAAUGACCUAGCCAUGCUGAUGGCCAGAGCACACUCAAAAAGUACAGACAUUAUUUCUUUCAGAGGAGGCUACCAUGGGGGCAGUUCUUCCACACUUGGCUUGACAAAUGUAGGGUCCUUCAAAACGGAGCUCUCCAGUGGGUUGGGCUGCCAAUCAACAAUGUGCCCAGAUGUUUUCCGUGGCCCUUGGGGAGGAAGCCACUGUCGAGAUUCUCCAGUGCAAACAAUUAGGAAAUGCAGCUGUGCACCAGACUGCUGCCAAGCAAAAGACCAGUAUAUUGAACAGUUCAAAGAUACUCUGAACAGUUCUGUGGCCAAAUCAAUUGCUGGAUUUUUUGCAGAACCAAUUCAAGGGGUGAAUGGAGUUGUUCAGUAUCCAAAGGGGUUUUUAAAGGAAGCCUUUGAGCUGGUGCGAGAACGAGGAGGUCUGUGCAUUGCAGAUGAGGUGCAGACAGGGUUUGGAAGGCUAGGCUCUCACUUCUGGGGCUUCCAAACCCAUGGCAUCCUCCCAGACAUUGUCACCAUGGCUAAAGGGAUUGGGAAUGGCUUUCCCAUGGCGGCAGUUGUGACAACUCCAGAGAUUGCCAACUCUCUGGCUAAAUCCGUUCUUCACUUCAACACCUUUGGAGGGAACCCCAUGGCCUGUGCCAUUGGGUCAGCGGUUCUUGAGGUGAUUAAAGAAGAGAAUCUACAGGAAAACAGUCAAGAAGUUGGCACCUACAUGCUACAGAAGUUUGCGGAGCUGCGGGAUGAAUUUGAGAUUGUCGGAGAUGUGCGAGGCAAAGGCCUCAUGAUAGGAAUAGAAAUGGUGAAAGAUAAGAUGAGCCGCCAGCCUCUUCCCCAGGAAGAAGUCAAUGAAAUCCACGACAACUGCAAACGCAUGGGGCUUCUAAUUGGCAAAGGUGGCAUUUUUGCUCAGACGUUCCGCAUCGCGCCCUCGAUGUGCAUCACUGAACCAGAUGUUAAGUUUGCAGUGGAAGUAUUUCGGUCUGCCUUAACCCAGCACAGGGACAGAAGAGCUAAAUAAAUUGUUUAAAAAUAAAAAACCAUAAGCUUCAAACCAUACACUUCAACUUAUGUUCAGGGGUUAAUUUAAGGAAUUCGAUUAUAUAAUUGGUACCAGUUGUAGAGGACACGGUUGACUGCCCACCAGUCAGAUGGGUUCCCAGACCCCCAUUAUCUUAAGAGACCUUUCAGAAAAAGGUCUUUCUUCAGAAAAAGACCUUUAUCUUUCUUCAGAAAAAGACCUUUAUCCCUAGCUCAGAGAAUAAAUCCUAAUUAUUCUAGGUUACUUAUGGUGAUUUAAUUCCCCUGUCAGCCAUUGGUUUGUGCAUGACAUGUGACAUAUUUUGGGACAACGAAUCCUGAAGGAAAAUAUUUUCAUGGAGGUGCCUUCAGGUGAAGGUUUCUUUAUCGCCAGAAGACAUGUCUUCUUACACCGAUCAUCAUGGGCCAUGCUCAAAUCAUGCCAUUUUGGGGUCAUGUACACAAAGCUUCUUUGCUGGGGUUGGAAGGUAGAAGGAAAUUGAGUCCUUAGUAAUGUCAAUGAGCCUCUGACUUAACCAAUCCUAGAUUCUCAUCUUGGAGCUUUGGGUUAUAUAAGAUAAUAAAUUCUGUGUAUU